AUGUUCGAUAUCGAAGACGACGCGUCACGGCGGGAGAAGUGCUUCACCACAGUCACUCAACUCCCGGCCUGGGUCGAUCCCAAGCAGAUCCCAAGCACGAAAUCCCCCUUCUCGACUAUUCACAACCAUUCCUUCGCGCAUACGGUGGAGGCCAUCCUUCCAGCAGAAGCAUACGCGAGCGUACAGGCGGCGCUGGAUACCCGCAUUGCCAAUCCCCAGUAUGCGCGGGUGUUUAUGCCGCCAUCGGCCUUACUGGAGCACGACUUCUUCAACGCCUAUAUCAAAGCCGGAAAUAUUCUCAUGAUCUCCGAGGGCCGGUCCGGAUCAGAGACCGUGUUUAUGCUAAAAAAGGGCACUCUCCAAAUCGAGCUUGGUAGAGAGAUUUUCGAGCAGACGGGGCUGUCCGGCAAACCAUGUCGCAGUGGUGGCAGGAAACAUGGAAAAGAAAGAUACUUGGUGGAGCUAAAUCUGCGGUUGCCCUCCAUGCUUCAUGGCAAGCAAGGCUUUGAGAGAAUCGUGUGGGCAUUCAAGAACGUCCUGAAUCAGUCCCUGGCCUGGCUUUUUUGUGAUUUAGAAGGCUCACUGUCAAGUCAGAAAGAGGAUACGAAGCCCAUCCACAAAUUGCAGCCACAGUGGCUGGACUGCGCACCGUUCCGCAGUGAGCAGCGGCGUGUUCUCACGCCCAACUUACAGGGCAGCAUAUUGUCAGAAAGCACGGCAGAGGAGGAGAUCCAGGAGAAAUGCGGUUCUCUGGCGGAGUGGAUUGCCAUGGUUCAACUGCAAUCCCCCCGAGUCUCCGCGGAUGAUACCGUGGACCCUUACCUCUGUCGAUACAGCGUGCCAGACCAUGAAUCCUCCCAACCGUCUGACCUGGUUUGCCUAAAAUGGCAUGGCUUGAUAUCGAACAACUGGGCCAUCCAACUGUUCCAUACUCUGCUCUCCAUGUUCUUCAACGGUUCACAUAUACGUCCAAAUCUCAUGGAUACUCUCAGCAUGAACCUCAAGUCUCCUGCGGAGAUGGGAUCAUUCGAAUCGGCAUAUUUGGAGGACUUCGACAAGUUCAUCGAUGGCGACAACUGGUUCGAGGCCGAUGAUGGCACUUAUCUGUCUGGCGCCCAUCUUCUCGACUAUUAUAACCCCAAAACCGGGGAGAACAGUGGACCUUCGGCUGCCGGUUCUAGUAUUCUGCACGAUAUCGAUCCGAAGCAGUUCGAUGAGGAUGGUCUUCCGCGAUCGCGUACGUUUGAGGCCGGCGAUCUUGGAGACUAUGGAAGUGGAUAUGUGCCGGCUAGGAACGGCAGCACAUCCCCCAGCCUCUGCCACUCGGGGAAUACAAUCCAUUCUUCUCGCACCAGCAUCACUGCGGUUGGCAUCGAUGACAACGAAAAGGGCAAGAAACGGGCUGCCGAGGAGAAUCCUGAGGAGUGUCGCUCCAAGAAGCGCCAGAUGAGCAGCCCUGAAGUCAAGCCCCCGACCCCGCCGAGCCGUUUGACCCCGGUUCUGGCUCCUGUCACUACGAGUCCGGACCAUGACAUUGAACCGUUGAACCUGGGAUCUCCCUAUUAUCCCCUGCCCUACCCCUUGUGCUGGGCGUGGACAAGAACUCCGACGGCCCCACAGAUCCUCGCUCACAUGCCUCCCCUGAAGCCUGCAAAUGUGCCGCAGGUGACCCUCGAGUUUCUGGAACCCAUCGUCCCUGAAGGGUUUGUCGCCAACCCGAACAACCAUGGCCGAUGGUCGUACGAUGCAGCCGUCGAGUCCACCUAUCUUAUCGGCGCCAAGCGGCAGAAGUCCUUCUUCCCCCCACACACAGCCAACCUCGUCUUCUUCCUCGCACAACUCAACUUCCGCCCAUCGCCCACCAUGCCGCAACCAUUGAACUCCAAGGAUGCGUCCCUGUUUCGGCAGGUGGUCCGCAACUUCGAGAUGAAGCAGUACAAGAAAGGCAUGAAAGCGGCCGAACAGGUUCUGAAGAAGAACCCCAAGCAUGGAGACACGCAGGCAAUGAAGGCCCUGAUUAUGAGCCAUCUGGGCCAGCCGGAGGAGGCCUUCGCCCUGGCCAAGGAGGCCCUGCGCAACGACAUGAAGUCGCAUAUCACCUGGCACGUCUACGGCUUGCUAUACCGCGCCGAGAAGAACUACGAGGAGGCUAUCAAGGCCUACCGAUUUGCCCUGCGCCUCGAGCCCGAGUCCCAGCCCAUCCAGCGCGACCUGGCCCUGCUCCAGAUGCAGAUGCGCGAUUACCAGGGAUACAUUCAGAGCCGCAGCACCAUGCUGCAGGCUCGCCCUGGCUUCCGCCAGAAUUGGACCGCGUUGGCCAUUGCGCACCACUUGGCCGGAGACCUGGAGGAGGCCCAGAAAGUUUUGACAACCUAUGAGGACACCCUCAAAGAGACGCAGCCGAUCGCCGACAUGGAGAACUCCGAGGCGAUUCUGUACAAGAACACAAUCAUUGCUGAGUCUGGGGACCUCGAGAAGGCUUUGGAACACCUUGAGGCGGUCGGCUACCGGUGUACCGAUGUGCUUGCGGUCAUGGAGAUGAAGGCGGACUACCUCCUGCGGCUAGACCGCAAGGCGGAGGCAGAGGCAGCAUACACUGCUCUUCUGGAACGAAACGCGGAGAACUCUAUUUAUUACAAUGGCUUGAUCAAGGCCAAGGGGAUCUCGGAGGACGACCACAAGGCAUUAAAGGCCCUCUACGACGAGUGGGUGGAGAAGUACCCUCGCGGUGACGCUGCUCGGCGCAUCCCUCUGGACUUCUUGGAAGGCGAGGAGUUCAAGCAGGCGGCUGAUGCAUACAUGCAGCGCAUGCUCAAGAAGGGCGUCCCAUCGCUCUUCGCAAACAUCAAGCACCUCUACACCAACCCAUCUAAGCGCGACAUGGUGCCGACGCUGGUGGAGGGAUAUGUCUCCGGCAAGGCCCCUCAGUCCAAUGGCUCCGCAAAAGCGAAUGGUGACAGCAACGAGUUUAUUUCCUCAAGCUAUUAUUUCCUGGCUCAACACUACAACUACCACCUCAGUCGCGAUCUGCCCAAAGCAAUGGAGUACGUCGACAAGGCCAUUGAACUCUCGCCAAAGGCCGUGGAAUAUCAAAUGACCAAGGCGCGCAUCUGGAAACACUAUGGUAAUCCAGAGAAGGCAGCAGAGGAAAUGGAGAAGGCCAGGCUGUUGGACGACAGGGACCGGUAUAUCAAUUCCAAGGCAGCCAAGUACCAGCUCCGCAACAACGAAAACGACAAGGGGCUGGACAACAUGAGCAAGUUCACGCGCAACGAGACCGUCGGGGGCGCGCUGGGCGAUCUUCACGAAAUGCAGUGCGUGUGGUUCCUGACCGAGGACGGAGAGGCGUUCCUGCGACAGAAGAAGCUGGGCCUCGCGCUCAAGCGUUUCCACUCUGUCUACAACAUCUUCGAGACAUGGCAAGAAGACCAGUUCGACUUCCACAGCUUUUCCCUGCGCAAGGGUAUGAUCCGGGCCUACGUGGACAUGGUGCGCUGGGAAGACCGUCUGCGUGAGCACCCAUUUUAUGCAAGGAUGGCCCUGUCUGCCGUGAAGGCGUAUCUGCUCCUCCACGACCAGCCGGAUCUUGCUCAUGGGCCCAUCCCGAGUGGAUCCAAUGGGCUUGAUGCCACCGAUGAAUCAGAACGGAAGAAGGCCCUGAAGAAGGCCAAGAAGGAGCAACAGCGCCUGGAGAAAAUCGAGGCUGACAAGCGCGAGGCCCGGAAAGCCGCCUCGGCUACCGCUAAGGGUGCUGACGGCGAGGUGAAGAAAGAGGACCAAGACCCGCUCGGCAACACUCUGGUCCAGACCCAGGAGCCGCUGAAGGAUGUUAUGAAGUUCCUGACCCCAUUGCUGGAGCUCAGCUCCCAGAAUAUCGAGGCGCAGUGUCUCGGCUUCGAGGUCUACCUCCGGAGAAACAAGCACCUUCUCGCGGUGAAAUGCCUCUCAGCCGCGCACGCCAUUGACCCCUCCAACCCAACUCUCCACCUCCAACUUCUGCGCUUCCGCAAGGCCCUAGACAGCCUCUCGGAACCCCUCCCUUCGCAAGUCGCCGAGGUCGUCAACGCCCAGUUCGACAAACUGCUCCCGAAAUCCCAGAAGCUUGAGCAAUGGAAUGAGUCCUUCCUUUCAUCCAACAAGGGCAGCGCUGCGCACGUGCAAGCCGCCCUGGACGGCCGCCAGAUCCUCAACCCGGCAUCCAAGGCCCAGUGCGAGCAAGACCUGCUCUCUACCCUCGAUCUGCCGGGCAUCUCCAUCGACGAAGCUGUUGCUGCGCUGGACUUGCUAAAUAAGUGGGACAGCGAUAAGGCGGCGUAUGCACAGAAGGCGAGCAAGAAGUGGCCCGAGUCUUCUGUCUUUCGGCUGGAGUAA